AUAUAAAGUGAUGAGUCGAGUCUUCAGCUGUUAGUGUUGUUCUUGCUCCUGAACAUCACCAACUUAUCUGUGAGUUUGCUGAAGAUCAACUUUUCCUUCGACGCUUCGUCUUUGAAUCAAGAGACAUGGAGUUAACCAUCACUAUGCUGAACGGGCAGUCCGUCAGACUGACGGUGAACCCCCAGGAGACGGUGGGCUGCCUGAAGCAGGUCAUCGAGCAGAAAAUGAAGGUGCCCGUUCAGAGGCAGCGGCUGCUGUUCGACAACGGCCAGCGGACUGACCUAAACGACGACCUGCGGUCCGUGGGCUCCUACGGGCUGCACUCCGGCUCCACGCUGUCUCUGCUGGUGAUCGAGCCGGCCCCCGUGCAGGUGUUCCUGAAGAAUGAGAAGAACGUGCUGACCACCUACGACAUCACGCCCGAGGAGACCGUGAGCGACUUCAAGCGCAGGGUCCAGGAAAGGGAGCGAGUGCCGGUGUCGCAGCAGAGGCUGGUGUACCAGAGCACGGAGAUGAGCAACGACAAAGCCAAACUGGCCGACUACAACGUGAAGGCCCUGGGCACCAUCGACCUGUUAAUGCGUCUGAGAGGAGGAAACUGAUCAUCAUCUGAUCAUCACAUAGCCUUAAACCCAGUGCUUCCUAGUUGUUUCUUAUCUUAACAACACAUUCCAACUUUUACAUGAGAAUCUAUACAUUAUUUUAUUUUUAUUUUUUUUUGGGGGGGGGGGGGGGGG